UCUGUCCUGGUCGUAUUCAUGGACGAACUUGGACUGAAAUGCGGAUCUUUUUCCUUUGCUCUAAUUCUAUAGCUUUUAACUUAUACGAACAAAGCCUCACUCCUCACUCAUCAUCUUCAUCACUCUGCUUCCGGGGAAAACAACAUAAAAAAUAAUGACUAUCAUCAACCAUCUCUUUCAAUCCAUAUUGAUCAGAGCUCAGAGGCAUCUUCCCCGGCAACCUUUACCGAUCAGAUUAAAUAAAAGAGUGUCAUCAUCAACUGCUGAUGUCAAACAAAGUAAAGGGUACAAGGGACAUGGUAUGUUAGCACCAUUCACUCCUGGCUGGCAGUCCACUGAAACGGAACCUUUGGUUAUUGAAAAAUCUGAGGGUUCCUAUGUUUACGACAUCAAUGGGAAUAAAUAUCUUGAUGCUUUAGCUGGUCUUUGGUGCACAGUAUUAGGGGGAAAUGAACCUAGACUUGUGGCAGCUGCAACUGCACAAUUAAAUACUUUGCCAUUUUACCACUCCUUUUGGAAUCGUACUACAAAACCGUCCUUGGACUUGGCAAAGGAGCUUCUAGAAGUCUUUACAGCUAGAAAAAUGGGUAAAGUUUUUUUUACCAACAGUGGGUCAGAUGCCAAUGAUACUCAGGUGAAGCUAGUUUGGUACUACAACAAUGCACUUGGAAGGCCCAAUAAGAAAAAGAUUAUAGCUCGAGAAAAAUCGUACCAUGGUUCAACUUUGAUAGCAGCUAGUCUUUCUGGGCUUCCAGCUUUGCAUCAGCAGUUUGAUCUUCCAGCUCCAUUUGUAUUGCAUACCGAUUGCCCUCAUUACUGGCGCUUUCACCUUCCAGAUGAGACAGAGGAGGAGUACUCCACCAGAUUAGCCUAUAACUUGGAGAGUCUCAUACUCAAACAGGGACCAGAUACGAUUGCAGCAUUCAUUGCUGAACCUGUUAUGGGAGCAGGAGGAGUGAUACUGCCUCCCAAGACUUAUUUUGAAAAAGUUCAAUCUGUUUUGAAGAAAUAUGACAUUCUUUUCAUUGCUGACGAGGUGAUAUGUGGAUUUGGAAGACUUGGGACAAUGUUUGGAUGUGACAAAUACAACAUUAAACCAGACCUUGUAACAGUGGCAAAGGCACUUUCUUCUGCAUAUUUGCCCAUUGCAGCUAUUUUUGUGAGCCCUGAAGUAUCAGAAGUAAUAUACUCUCAAAGCAACAAGCUUGGUAUUUUCUCCCAUGGAUUUACUUAUUCUGGGCACCCAGUUUCAUGUGCAGUAGCCAUUGAAGUGCUCAAAAUCUUCAAGGAGAGAAAGCUUGUCGAACAAGUGAAUAACAUUUCUCCAAGGUUUCAAGAUGGUCUUAAGGCUUUCUCCAACAGUCCAAUUAUUGGAGAGAUAAGGGGAACUGGCUUGGUGCUUGGCACAGAGUUUACAGAUAACAAAUCACCAAACGAUCCAUUCCCUCCUGAAUGGGGAAUAGGUUCUUAUUUUGGAGCUGAAUGUGUGAAGAAUGGGAUGUUUGUACGUGUAUCAGGGGACAAUGUUGCAAUGGCUCCACCUUUUAUUAUCACACCUGAAGAGGUUGAUGAGAUAAUACGCAUAUAUGGGAAAGCGCUGAAGAGCACUGAAGAGAGGGUUGAAGAACUCAAGUCUCAGCAAACUUAGAAAAUAUUUAUAGCCUUGUUCAUGUUAACCAUCCCUUAUCAGUGAGGACUCAUGAAACAAGAAUGGUUCUCUAAAUAAAUAAAUCUUUGGGCCUUAA